CCUUGGGAGUACCACUCUAUGACUCUCAAACAGCAAAGCAAAUUUGCUCAGGCGGGUGUAAAAGUGUUUAAACCUGAUGAAUGCGGCGGGUAUAUAUAUGGGCGAUUGAGUCAUCCAACAUCUCAACGUAGUCAACCAAGGCCUAAGUAAACUUCCUUCCUAUCCGAAACCUUUCAAACUUUUUGGAGUAUCAAUGGCGUCAACUACCAAUGUACUGUCUGUAAAGAUCUUGGAGAACAUGUUCACGCCCAUAUUGCAGAAUUGUAAAAACAUUAGGAAAUUGAAGAAAAUCCAUGCCCAAAUUGUGAAAUUUUCAUUAUCACAGAGUAGUUACUUGGUCACGAAAAUGGUGAAUGUAUGUGAGCAAAAUCAACAAGUAGAAUAUGCAAGAUUGUUAUUUAAAGAUGUAUCUGAGCCGAAUAUUUACUUGUAUAAUGCUAUAAUUAGGGCCCAUACACAUUGCCACUUGUAUUCGUUCACCAUUGAUAUAUACAAGCAAAUGCUUAAAGAACCGAUUUUUCCUGACAACUUCACAUACCCUUUUGUUAUAAGGUCGUGUGGAGGGCUUUCCGAUAUUUAUUUAGCCAAGCAAGUUCAUGGGCAUGUCUUACAAUCUGGAGUUCAAUCAAAUAUUGUUAUAGAAAAUUCAAUCUUGGAUAUGUAUAUAAAAUGCGAUGGUAUUACUGAUGGACAUAAGGUGUUUGAUGAAAUGACUGACAAAGAUGUGAUAUCUUGGAAUAGUCUCAUAUACGGGCAUAUAAAGCUGGGACAGAUGAAACGAGCUAGAGAACUCUUCGAAGGGAUGACAGAGAAGUCAAUUGCUUCAUGGACUGCCAUGAUUUCUGGGUACACAAGAAUCGGGAGUCAUGAAGAUGCGUUACAUAUUUUCCGCAUGAUGCAAUUAACAGGUGUUAAACCAGAUUGGAUCAGCUUACUCUCGGUGUUGCCAGCUUGUACACAACUGGGUGCUCUUGAGCUAGGAAAAUGGAUCCAUUUUUACGCAGAGAAAAAUUGCUUCUUGGAGAAGAUCAGUGUAUGCAAUGCUUUGAUUGAAAUGUACUCGAAAAGUGGAAACAUCAACCAAGCACGCCAAGUGUUUGACAAAAUGCUUCAAAGAGAUGUGAUUUCAUGGAGUACAAUGAUUGGAGGUCUAGCCAACCAUGGUAAAGCUCCUGAAGCCAUAAAACUGUUUCAAGACAUGCAAAAGACAACAAUCAAACCAAAUAAGAUCACAUUCGUUGGUCUUUUAUCUGCUUGUGCCCAUGCUGGAUUCCUUGAAAUUGGAUUGAAAUACUUUGAUUCCAUGGAAAACGAUUACAAUCUAAACCCUGGAAUCGAGCAUUACGGAUGUUUGGUGGAUCUACUUGGAAGAACCGGAUGUCUUGAUCGAGCUUUUGAAUUGGUAAACAAAAUGCCCAUGAAACCAGAUUCUGUAAUCUGGGGUUCAUUGUUGAGCUCGUGUAGAACAAAAGGUAAUCUUGAACUUGCGGUUAUUGCAAUGGAGCAUCUUUUGGAGCUUGAACCAGAAGAUAUUGGAAACUAUGUGAUGCUUUCAAACAUAUAUGCGGGUCUUGGAAGAUGGGAUGGUGUUUCAAGAGUGAGGAAGUUGAUAAGAGGUAAGAUAAUUAGUAAAAGAACACCGGGUUGUAGUUCGAUUCAGGUUGAUAAUGUGGUUCAAGAGUUUGUGUCAUGUGAUGACUCCAAACCAUUUUCUGGAGAAGUUUAUCAGAUGCUUGACUUAUUGGCUUUGCAUAACGAAACGACCGAUUUUUGUAAGGUUUUACAAAUUUAAAUUUUAAGCAUUCCAUUUGUAUAUAUAUAUAUAUAUAUAUAUAUAUAUAUAU